AUGUCUGGUCGUGGAAAAGGUGGUAAAGUAAAGGGAAAGUCAAAGACCCGCUCAAGCCGUGCUGGUCUCCAAUUUCCAGUGGGUCGUAUCCAUCGUAUGUUACGUAAGGGAAAUUACGCUGAACGUGUUGGUGCUGGUGCUCCAGUUUACCUCGCAGCUGUCAUGGAAUACUUGGCUGCUGAAGUCCUAGAGUUGGCUGGAAACGCUGCUCGUGACAACAAGAAGACCAGAAUCAUCCCCCGUCAUCUUCAGUUGGCCAUCCGUAACGAUGAGGAAUUGAACAAACUUCUCUCCGGAGUAACCAUCGCCCAGGGAGUGAGCGAGUCUGGAAGCUUCAGCAGCAAUACGUUCGAAGAUAUCGUUGACAAAGCUGUUCAUGAUGCUCAUGGCCUUGGAGGAAACACCGGUGUCAGGGUGGACCUGUUUUAG